AUGGACUCCUAUUCGUCAUCGUAUCGCGACCGCGAGCGCGACGGCUCUGCUCGCUCACCCGUCGACCGCGAUUGGGGCAGUCGCGACGAUCGUAAGAGUGAUCGAGCUGACACCUUCUUUCGUGGACGUUCACCUGGCCAUGAUCGCACCCGCCGCAACCGAUCCCGCUCCCCACUGCCUGUAGACCGUUAUGAACCCAGAGUAAGAGGCCGCGAUGAAUACGCAGGGCCUCGUGACCGCGAUGAUCGAACUCGCCGUAUCACAUCCCCGCCUGCCAAUAUCGAUCGAUACGUGCCGGGACAGGGUAGCCAGGAGCCACCUGCGCCUGUCAUCAACCCAUUGACAGACCCUGUCAAGUUGCCUUUCCAGGUUGGCUUCUCGUAUUUUGGCGAGUGGUGGAGAGCAAAUGAGAAGAUCAAGGAGGAAAAAGAGCGCGCCCGUACCGGUCGUCGUCGUGAGCCUGAGCGCGCACGUGGUCCAGAAGAACGAGACAAGGAGAAGGCUAAGAUCCAGGCUGCUUAUGAUUCUUAUAGAGAGGACCUACAAGCAAAGAUGGCUCGAACCUUCGUCGCAGAACACAAGAAGGAGCAGUGGUUUCGAGAGCGUUACGUGCCCGAAGUGCGGGAUUCUCUUCGCGCACAGGUCAACGAGUUCCGGCGUGGCGCGUACAGCCAAUGGGAACAGGACUUGGAAUCCGGUACUUUUGACGACUUUUCUCUCGAGGGGAUCCCCAAAAGUGAAAGCAAUGGGGCUGGAGGUGUAGUUGAGAAAGAAGAGGGCGAGGCUACCGCCGCCAACGAGGUUCUCGGGGUCGGCGAUCUGGUGCCCCUGAAUGGCAACGAUACUCGUGAUGAGAAUCUGUUCCAGCCAACUCUCCUUAUCAAGACGAUCGCGCCACAUGUCAGCCGGCAAAACCUCGAAUCCUUCUGCAGAGAACACCUCGGCGAAGAGGAAGGUGGAUUCAAGUGGUUGUCGCUAAGUGACCCGAACCCAAGUAAGAGAUACCACCGGAUGGGCUGGGUCAUGCUCCACCCAGCUUCCGAAAUCGCGCCGCCAGUUGAUCGUAGCGACCCGAAGGAUGACGAUGGCGAUGUGGAUAUCAAAUCGCCCGUAGCUGUAUCAACCGCUGAAAAGGCCUUGGAAGCUGUGAAUGGAAAGACAGUAAAAGACGAGGUGCGAGGAGACUUUGUUUGCCACGUUGGAGUGCACAACCCGCCAAGUAACCCUCGCAAGAAGGCGUUGUGGGACCUGUUCUCUGCCCCGGAGAGAAUCGAAAAGGAUUUAAGCCUCGUGCAACGACUUAUCAAUAAGUUUGAGGAGGACUUUGGGUCCGAGUUUAACGCCCGGCUCAAGAUUGAGGAUCGCGCCGAGGAUCUCAAGAACGCCGGCCGUCUCCAGACUGCGGGUCCUGUUUCUAUGGCGAAGAAAGUUAAGAAAGAGUCUAGUAUGGAUCUGGACGUGGAUGAAGGCGAGGAAGGUGAAAUGGACGAUGAUGAAGACGAGGGUGCCGUCGACGAUGAGGUUGAUGACGAGGAUCUUCUACUAAAGAAGAAACAACUUGAUCUUAUGAUUGAGUACCUUCGUCGCGUCUUCAAUUUCUGCUUCUUCUGCGUUUUCGAGAGCGACUCAAUUCACGAGUUGACCAGAAAAUGCCCUGGCGGUCACCUUCGACGACCUAGAACGACACUAUCAUCAUCUGCCAAGAAUGUCGCUAGAGCUAGUGCCAACGGAGAUCCGUUCCCGUCCAAGAAACGCGAAGUGAAGGACGACGAGGAAGGCGAGGCUCCCGAUGACAACCGGAAGUUCCGUGUCUCCAAGACUGAGCAGCAGCUGGAGCGAGCCUAUAAGUGGGUCAAGACAUUCGAGGACAAGAUCAUGCAAAUUCUUGAGCCCGAGUCUGUUGAUAUUCGCAAGCUCGGUGGCAGGCCUACUGAAGAUGCACUCAACGACGAAUUGGUCAAAUUCGUUAAACAGGAAGAUGAGCACAAGUGGAGGUGCAAGGUGCCCGAGUGUACCAAGUUGUUCAAAGAGGACCAUUUUUGGAAGAAGCACGUCGAGAAGCGUCAUACAGAGUGGCUUGAGCAGAUCAAGCAGGAGUUUGAUCUAAUUAAUGCCUAUGUUCUUGAUCCGGCACAUAUUGCACCUUCGCGGACCGACGCGAAUUCCAACGGGCACUUCCCUCCCUCGAAUGGUCAGACACAACAGGGCACGCCAAGAGGCUUCAAUCUCCAGAACUUCGCCAUGAAUAAUAUGAUGCCCCCCUUCCCAGGCUUCCCCGGUCUUCCAGGCAUGCCUCCAUUAUUCAAUACGGGUCACCCCGUUCAGGCGGCCGGUUGGAAUGCUGGAGGUGACGAGCGUAGCGGAGGGCCUGUUCGCCGUGGUGGCGGUCCAGGUGGUGGCCGAUUCAACAACCGCAGCGGGCCGUAUGACAGACGCCAGCAGCCAGGACGCUGGGGACAGGAUGGUCAAGGUGCGGGUCGUGGCCGUGGUGGUGCAGGCAGAUGGGGUGAUGGGGCAGCCGGCGGAGCUGCUGUUGGACCUCGUGAAGCCGUUCAGGGACGCAGUCUUAAGAGCUAUGAAGACCUGGACCAUGUGGCGGGCGGAGGUGGCGGCGAGUUGAACUACUAG